AUGAGUUCUUUCUUUUCAAGAAAUAAUAGAGCUUCAGGGGGUAAAGGUUCAUAUAUCUCUGCUGUUAUCUAUAAUGAUAAUAAAGAUAAUCAAUUUCGUCUUUUGGUUGGUGGUAAAGGUACUGAUUUUGUUGCAAAUUCAGCGAAUGGAUUUCAUUCAAAUUCAGGGAGUUUUCCCGAUGGUGGUGAUAGCGGUGAUUCUAGUUAUGAUCUUGGAAAAUCAGGAAGUGCAGGUGGAGGAGGCUCCAGCUCAGUCAUUUUUAACAAUAUAUUAAUUCUUUCUGCUGCAGGUGGUUCAGGUGCCUCAGGAUCUUACAAAGGCGCACCUGGAGGAGACCUUCAACAUGCAUAUAAAUAUGAAUAUGAUCCGGGUGUUAAAGCUUAUCUAUUAAAACCAACUGACAUUUCAUGGAAAUUACAAUGCGAAAAAAGUUCAACAGAAAGAUAUACUAAAUUUCCACCAAGUGGAUUUGGAGGUGGCAAUCCAUGCGGAGAUCGAGGUGAACCAGUAGAUGCUAUCGGUGACACAUACAAAUCUGUUUCAACAAGUGGAAGGUCUUUUUACAACCCAACUUUUAUGAGACUUAUACGUGUUCUUACUGGAUCUCGUAAUGGUAAAACAAUUGAAAGUGGUUAUAUUAAAAUCUCUAAUUAUUGUUCAGAUAAAAAUUGUUACAAUUGCUAUGAAAAUCGAACUAAUUGCACACUAUGUAAAGAACGAUAUUCACCAAAUUCAGAAGGAAAAUGUGAAUGCACAGGUGCUAUUCAAGAUGAAAUUUGUCAAGAACAAUGUAAUAGUGGAUACUUUCCAGAUGAAUCAAAAACAUGCCAGAAAUGUCCUAAUCAUUGUAAAACAUGUAAUUCACUCUCUAAUUGUACUAAAUGUGAUAAAGGAUAUCAUUUAUCAUCAGGCAAUUGUAACUAUUUGGCAUCACAACCAUAUGAUAUUUAUCAGAUCUCUAAUUUCAAUAGAAAACUCAUCGAAACUCGUGAAAUAAACAAUUUCUUUAUUAAUUCAAUUUUUUACUUGCUAUCCAAUUUCUCCAUCUUCCGAUAA